ACAUCAACGAAGCUAUAAAACUUUUUUUUUUUUUGAGAGAAUACUAUAAAACUCUUUAAAUGUCUAUGCUUGUGACAAUAUUUUGGAGGUUUUUUCGUACAAGAAUACAAAUUCGAAAUUUUAUAUUUAUAUCCUUGUCUGGAUAAAGAUUACAGAUAAUAAUGUGAUUAGUGACUAAUUUGAUUGAGUUGAGCUGAGCACACGGUAUUCCUCAUAAAAGUCGACUCCACAAGUAUACGGAGUAUUUAGCCUUUUGGUUUGCCCACGCAACUAUUGUGCUUUGCCUCCUUCAUUUCAUACUCCUAUUAACAAAAUCUAGUGAGAGAGAAUAGAGAGAGAAUAGAGAGAAACAUGGUGAAAGACAGGAAAAUUGGAGUGGCGAUGGAUUUCUCCAAGAGCAGCAAGGCGGCGCUGCAGUGGUCGAUCGACAAUCUCGCCGAUAAAGGCGACACAUUCUACAUCAUCCACAUCAAAUCUCACUCUUCCGAUGAAUCGCGCAACAAGCUCUGGAAGGAAUCCGGUUCUCCUCUGAUUCCAUUGUCGGAGUUUCGUGAACCGGAGGUGAUGAAGAAGUAUGAUGUGCCUACUGAUAUCGAACUUCUCGACAUGCUAGACACUGCAGCUAGGCAGAAAGAGAUAACUGUGGUGACGAAGCUGUUCUGGGGAGAUGCGAGAGAGAAGAUCUGUGAAGCUGCUGAAGAUAUGAAGCUUGAUUCUUUGGUUAUGGGCAGCAGGGGACUCAGCACCAUCAAAAGGAUAAUUCUGGGAAGCGUGACCAACUACGUGGUGUCGACUGCAAACUGCCCAGUAACUAUAGUGAAGGAUCCGGAGUUACCCAAGAAGUGAUUUACGAAUAUUUGUAAUAAAUUUAGUAUCUCAACAACUCAGGUCAUAAUCACCUUUGGACUUCUUUAAUAAGCUGUAUUCAUCACUGCUUCGCUUCAGUACAUGAAUGUGUGUAUGGUGUUAUGUCCAAUAAAAUGGCGCCAUUUGUGGAUUAAA